AUGAUAACGUUCUUUCGUGUUGCUAGAAACUGGCCUAAGCUUGUUCGAAAUAUAUCAUUGGUUGAAGAAAUAGAUCCAAGCUUUGAUCACAAUGUCACAUACAGAUGUAACAUAACUUGCACAGUUGUGUUGUUUUUAGCUUUGGUCGAACAUAUCCUUUCCUUAUUAUCAGCAUUUGCUGGAGCUCUGACCUGCUAUCCCAAUAAAAGCCUUUACGAGGGAUUUGUAACUCAUUUUUAUCCAUGGGUCUUCAAAUUCUUACCAUAUACGCCAUUUUUGGGAAUGCUUACCCAGUUUCUUCAUUUUCAAUCGACGAUCAUUUGGAAUUUUUCUGACUUAUUUGUUAUCUGUAUGAGUUACUACUUGACUUUCCGAUUGGAACAUGUCAACAAAAAACUUUUAGCGGCUCAAGGAAAGUAUUUGCCAGAGGUAUUUUGGAAAACUAGUCGUGAAAAUUACGGUAGAGCGACACAGCUGGUUCGAAGAGUCGACGACGUAAUCAGCGGAAUUGUCUUCAUUUCCUUCGCUAACAAUCUGUUUUUUAUUUGUCUGCAGCUGUUUAAUACUUUGGAGACGACUAUCCUGGGUGGCUACGAAGCAGCAGCCUACUUCCUUUUUUCACUGGUUUAUCUCAUCACGCGUUCAGUAGCUGUAUCACUGAUUGCGUCACAAGUGAACACAGCAUCUACCGUUCCUGCUUCUGUUCUAUAUGAUGUACCAUCACCAGUUUACUGCUUAGAAGUGCAGAGGUUUUUAGAUCAGGUUCACGGUAAUAAAGUUGCUUUAAGUGGACUGCAAUUCUUCAGUGUUACUCGAAGUUUACUAUUAACUGUCGCUGGAACCAUAGUCACCUAUGAACUUGUGAUGUUCCAGUUCAACUCAUCUCAAGAGUCAACCAAUACCAUUAGCAAUGACGCUAUAACUACCGUUGCUCCAAUAAAUUGA